AUGUCGUCAUUAUCUUAUCUUGAUCCUCGUUCUAAACAAUGUGAACAAGAAGUUCAACAAAUAAUGCAUUUGCAAAAUGUAGCAAAUCAAUUGCUAUAUGCAUUCACUGAUUCAAAAAGAGUGACUAUAUCUCACAUACCAGUUGCAAAUGCUCUAAUUUGGAUUGAUGUCCCUGAAGGACAAUUACCUAUAGCAAAUGAAUCUAAGACACAUUUAAAGUGUGGUAGACCAGUUGGUUCCAAAGAUAAAAAUCCUCGAAAGAAAAUAGUAGCAAAUUACCAAGAUGUUUACAUCAAGGAGGCAAGUUCUCAUGAAGAGAAUAGAGACAUAUUUAAUCAUAAAACUCCAGAAGAAGUUCAGAAUGUAGACAGAGAGAAGAUUGACCAAAAUGGAAAGACGCAAUCAAGGCAGAACUAA